UCCCUCCCCCAUCCCCCUCCCGCUCCGCCUCCUCCCUCCCCCCUUCUCCCUUCCCCCUCCCCCGACGAUGUUUCGCUACGAGUCCCUAGAAGAUUGUCCUCUGGAUGAAGAUGAUGAUGCUUUUCAGGCUCUGGGGGAAGAAGAUGAAGAUAUUGAUCAAUUCAAUGAUGACACGUUUGGAGCAGGUGCAGUUGAUGAUGAUUGGCAGGAAGCGCAUGAACGCCUGGCCGAAUUGGAAGAGAAGCCAGUGGUGGCAGCUGAACAGACAGGCAAUGGGAGCACUGAUGAGAUGGACUUGCUGGGAGACCAUGAAGAGAACCUAGCAGAAAGACUCAGUAAAAUGGUGAUUGACAGUGAGCUGGAGGACCCUGCUAUUAUGAGGGCACUGCAGACCAGGCCUGUUGUGCAGCCUGGAGGUCUCAAUUCUAGCAUUUGGGAUGGCUCUGCCGUUCUGAGACGCAUACGAGGACCACUUCUUGCUCAGGAAAUGCCCACAGUGUCUGUGUUAGAAUAUGCCUUGCCUCAGAGACCCCCACAGGGCCCAGAAGAGGAGCGGGACCUUUCUGAGCGGGCGUUACCAAGGCGUUCAACUUCUCCCGUCAUUGGGAGCCCUCCUGUCAGAGCAGUCCCGAUAGGCACCCCACCUAAGCAGAUGGCUGUACCCAGCUUUAACCAGCAGAUUCUUUGUCCGAAGCCUGUUCAUGUUCGUGCCCCAAUGCAACAGCGAUAUCCUGCUCCCUAUGGCGAGAGGAUAUCUCCAAACCAGCUGUGCGGUGUUGCGAACUCUUCCCUUCUGGGCCACCCAUUCCCUCCCAGUGUCACGCCUGUUCUCAGCCCCAUUCAGAGGGCACAGCUUCUAGGAGGAGCACAGCCUGGACGGAUGUCUCCCAGCCAGUUUGCUCGUCUCUCUGGAUUUGUAAGCAGUCCCCUCGCUACUAUGAAUCCCAAGUUGCUUCAGGGACGGGUUGGGCAAAUGAUUCCCCCAGCUCCUGGCUUCCGUGCCUUCUUUGGCGCACCUCCACCAGCUACGCCACCCCCAGCACAGCAGCAUCCCUCCUGCCCAGGACCUCACCUGCAAAACCUAAGACCUCAGUCCCAGAUGUUCAGACCAGACACAACUCACCUUCACCCACAGCAUCGUCGACUCUUACAUCAGAGACAGCAACAGAAUAGAAAUCAACAUCGAAGUAUAAAUGGUGCACCUGGGGAUCGAGGAGGUCACCGGAGCAACCAUCAGGAACAGCUACAAAAGGACCCAUAUGCAAACCUUAUGUUACAGCGGGAAAAGGAUUGGGUUUCGAAGAUCCAGAUGAUGCAGUUACAAAGCACUGAUCCCUACCUGGAUGACUUUUAUUACCAGAACUACUUUGAGAAACUGGAGAAACUCUCAGCAGCUGAGGAUGUGCAUGGAGAUGGCCCCAAGAAAGAACGUACCAAGCUGAUCACCCCCCAAGUGGCAAAGCUAGAGCACGCCUACAAGCCAGUGCAAUUUGAGGGCUCUUUGGGAAAGCUUACUGUCUCUAGUGUGAAUAAUCCCCGGAAAAUGAUUGAUGCUGUGGUAACAUCCCGGAGUGAAGAUGAUGAGACCAAAGAGAAACAAGUUCGGGACAAGAGAAGAAAGACUCUCGUUACAAUUGAGAAAACAUACAGUCUGCUCUUGGAUGUGGAGGAUUAUGAAAGGCGCUAUCUUCUAAGCCUGGAAGAGGAGCGGCAGGCACUGAUGGAGGAGAGAAAGCAGAAGAUAUGUGGCAUGUACGACAACCUGAGGGGAAAAUUGCCUGGGCAAGAAAGGCCAAGUGAUGACCACUUUAUGCAAAUCAUGUGUAUCCGUAAAGGGAAGAGAAUGGUUGCCCGUAUUCUCCCUUUCUUGUCCAAAGAGCAAGCAGCUGACAUCCUCUUGGCAACAGCCAGGAACCUGCCCUUUCUGAUCAAGAAGGACGCCCAAGAUGAGGUUUUACCUUGCUUAUUGAGUCCCUUCUCCCUUCUCCUUUAUCAUCUUCCAUCAAUGACUGUCACCAGCCUUCUGCAACAGCUAAUGAACCUACCUCAAAGUGCAGCUGCACCAGCACCCGCCAACCCACACCUCACUGCUGUGCUCCAGAACAAGUUUGGCCUAUCAUUGCUGUAUCUGGUCCUGAGCCGAGGAGAAGAGCUGCAGAGUUCAGAGCCGUCUACAGAGUUAAUGCAGGACACCCAGUGGACAGAGUUGAUGUUCAUGGCCACGAGAGAACUCCUGCGGAUUCCCCAAGCGACCCUGGCUAAGCCUGUCUCUACACCUGCAAACCUAGCAUCCCUCUUUUCUCGAUAUGUUGACCGACAGAAACUGAACCUGCUUGAGACAAAAUUGCAGUUGGUUCAGGGGAUCCGGUAGAAGAGCUCUGGAGGCACCUGUGUCUCCACGGGGCCGCUAUCUGCACUGCUGCCAUCACCAA